UUGAGUUCGAAGUUCGAAGCUAAUAAUGCAGGGUCUAUACGGUGCCGCAUCGGCGACGGCGACGGCGUCUUCGUCAUCAUGUUUGGUGAAAUUAGGAGUGAGGGCUUCAUGGGACACACAACAGAGACUCACUUACAACCCCAACGCGCCUCGCAAGCUCACCAAGCAGCUUCAAACUCGGACUCUCACACAAACCCAGUCGCCUCCGACGACCACUGCAACCACGCGUAAAGAUGAAUUCAUCAAUGAUCUUCUCAAACGCGCCACUCCUCCCGCCGCGACUGAUAGAGAGAAAGAAAAAGAAGAAGAUGAUGAAACAUACUUAGGAUAUGAGAAGUGGUUACCGACUCCACCUAAAGUGGUGAAGCCUCGAUCUGUAUUCAAUGCUGCAACGUUAGCUUAUAUCGGUGAUUGCAUAUAUGAGCUCUAUGCUCGUAGGCACUUUUUAUUCCCUCCCCUCAGUAUUGAAGACUACAAUGAUCGUGUCAUGGCAGUGGUGCGAUGUGAAGCUCAGGAUGCAUUGCUUCAGAGGCUUCUUAACAGUAACUUUUUAUCAGAUCAAGAGAGGGAUGUUCUUCGAUGGGGAAAGAAUAUUAUUUCAAGCAAAACCAAGACAAAAAGGCGUGCUGGUGCAGCUGUAUACAACAGAGCAUCUUCACUAGAAACAUUGGUUGGCUAUCUUUAUUUGACAAAUGUGAAUCGCUUGGAAAAGCUAAUGUCGGAGUUGGGAUUCUCAGUUGAUUCAGCAAUGCCAUUGAAUUUGGAAGAAGCAAUAGCAGGUGAGUUGAACAAUGGAUAGAUGUGAUCUUCAGCCGACCCUACAUUGGAGCAGGCAAAACAACUUGUUGAAUAUCAGGUUCAAUUCAUUGUGUUCUUCUGCAAAACUUUAGUGACUUGACUCUCUCUUUUUACUUAUUCACUGGAGAUGCUGUACCAGUACCACACGUCAACCACACAUAUUCUGCCAUGCACCAGAAGCCUUUUUGUAGGUCUUUUAUACGAUAAAAAUUCUGUUAUACAAAGGCUGUAAUCACAUAAAUCACAUCUUUUCUUCAGAGGGAUACAACCUGAAGAUCUCUGGUUGUAUGUGGUAGAGUACUGCAAUGGUUUAUGAGAUUUUGGUUGAGUUUGGUAUAGCUAAUUUGUUUAUUUGGGAUAAUAUUUGAAUGUUAUGCAGAGAAGAUAGGGACCAAAUAUCUAUUUUGUAGUAUUUUUUAGAAAUUCCAAUCCCAUAAUUUGUAAUUAUGCAUGUUCGAAAGGUUUUUCCUUAUGCACUGUUUUUCUGUAUCAUAAAUUAAGAUUUAUAUUGGAAUUUUGGCAGUUAA